CGGGGCCGGCCCCUUCCGCUCCCUGGCAGCCUCGCGGUUCUGCCGCCAAGGCCGCCUCGGAGCCAGAAGGAGGUCCAGGUGCGCCCACUUCCCGGUGACUCAGCACCGCCAGGCGAGCCCGCACCGCGGCCGCUCCCAGGUGCGGGCCGUGCGCGGGGCGGGGCCGGCUCCGGUUACCGGCGGGGCGGGCGCACGUCACGUGUGUGCACAGGGCCCGGCCGGCGUGCGCGCCGCGAGCCCGGGCUGCCCGCUGCCCAGCGAGCCGAGCUGUGCUGCCUGCCGGGCACCAUGUGGGGCUGCGGCCCCCUCAACGAGACGGGGCCCAGCCAGGAGCCGCUGUGCCAUGACCUGCGCCUGGGACUGGCAGUCCUGUCACUGCUGUACCUGGCUGUGGGUGUGCCCGUGGGCCUGGCCGCCAACGCCCUGCUAGUGCUGGUCAACUUGUGCCACAAGAGUGCCAUGACCAUGCCCGACGUGUACUUUGUCAACAUGGCGGUGGCUGGGCUGCUGCUCACUGCCCUGGCCCCCGCGGACCUGCUGGGCCCGCCCAGUGCCAGGUGGGCACUCUGGGGCCUGGGCAGCGAGGCGCAGGUCACCCUGCUCGUGCUGUUCCACGUGGCCUCACUGGUGAUCAUGUACUCCACCGCCCUGCUCAGCCUGGACUCCUACAUCGAGCGGGCGCUGCCGCGCACCUACAUGGCCAGCGUGUACAACACCCGCCGAGUGUGUGGCUUCCUCUGGGGCGGGGCCCUGCUCACCAGUUUCUCCUCACUGCUCUUCUCCAUCUGUAGCUACCUGGCUGCCCGUGUGGCCGAGUGUGCCAAGAUGCGUAACACGGAGGCUGCCGCCGCCAUCCUGGUGCUCAUCGGCUUUGUGGUGCCGGCCCUGGCUGCGCUCUACGCCCUCACGCUCAUCUCUCGGGUCCGGGCGCAGGCCACGCCACUGGACCAGGACUCGGGCCGGCUGGACCCGUCGGGGCACAGGCUCCUGCUGGCCACUGUGUGCACACAGCUGGCGCUCUGGACGCCCUACUACGUGACGCUGCUGGGGCACGCGGUGCUCGUGUCUCGGGGGGCGCCCGUGGGGGGCCCGGAUGGCGGGCUCCUGCGCCUCUCCCAGGACGCGUCCCGCUUUGUGGCCUUCUUCAGCGCCCUGGUGACACCGUUGCUGUACCGCUGCCUCAGCAGCAGCUUCCCCGGCAAGCUCCAGCGGCUCAUGGGGAGGCUGCGCUGCAGGCCCUGGCGCUGCCCCCCAGACCAGGCCGCCAGCAGGUGAGGGCCACGCGGGCGCUCCCCAGUCCUC